GAGCUUGUUGGCCUGUGGUUUCUUUAACUCAUUGCCGGAUACACGUGUCUACUGUAGAGCCAAGUCAGAAAAGCUCUCAGUAACAGCAUGGCUGCUCAGACUACAUGUGGCUUCAACACUGUGUCCUCUACUCUCUGCUCUGUAUUAAAGAAACCAUCCAGGCGACGAAAAGCCAGAAAGAAAAACAAGAACCGUUUCAUGGGACGCCAGAAAAUCCAACAGGGACUCAAACGGAAGCUGGAGAUUGGGUCUUCAGGCUCUUCACUGGAAAGCACACAGCCUUGGAGGGAAAAAAGGAUCAAAACCCUUGUUAAUACAAAUGAAUCAGAAUGGUCAAGUUCACUGAGUGACACCUGUGAUGUGGACAGUGGUUUCUCAUCAGAAAUCAGCCCUCCCACCAGUGGCCGGAGUUCUCCUUGCAUCGGGAUUCACCGCUCCAUGCUGCUGGCCAUUGACUGUGAGAUGGUGGGAACAGGCCCGAAUGGACAGUUUAGUGAACUUGCUCGGUGUAGUCUGUUAGAUUAUUCUGGAACAGUAAUCUAUGACAACUAUGUCCUCCCUCCUCGGCCUGUCACAGACUACCGGACACAGUGGAGUGGCAUUAAAAAGGAGCACUUGAUAAAUGCUUUGCCCUAUGAAGAAGCGAGGAAUGAGAUUUUGCAGAUCAUUAAAGGGAAAGUUAUAAUCGGUCACGCUCUGUAUCACGACUUUGCUGUCCUGAGAAUUAGCUUACCGGAUCACAUGGUUAGGGACACUUCCUCUUCGCAUCUGCUCCGACAGAUGUAUGGUGCUUCUACGGGAUGCAUAUCUCUAAAGAAACUGACCAAGAGUCUUCUCAACAGGAGUAUACAGGCUGACACAGCCGGCCACUGCUCUGUGGAAGAUGCUCUUGCUGCCCUGGACCUCUACAAGCUAGUGGAAGAGGAGUGGGAAAAAUCUUUACAGCCUCAAAACUCUUAUCCGGCCACUGACUCGACAUCCUCUCUAGAGCACUACAUGCAGGAUGAAUACUGGCCUGAUAGUUUAACUGACUGCAAUGAAUGAGAGAUUUGUACGGCAUUGAAACUUGGAGUGAAACCACACUGAACUUGCAUCAGUCCACUGUGUGGGCUGGUGACAGAAUUUCCUGUUGUGAUGAAUCUAUAGGAGACCAUGGGUAUGUUUGAGUGACAGCACUAUGGCCAACCUUACUACAGGUGUGGACAUGGACAUAUAGACAUUAAACACUUUAAAGACAAUUUGAGACAUUUUAAAAACAAGCAACUUGUUGAAAUUCCUUGUUCAUCCUCACACUUGCCAUAGUUCAUGGCUCCAGUCAAACUGUUUGAUGAUGAUUAGAGGCCAGUUUGCUGUUCAUGUUCCUUUUUGCACAAGGAAUAGCUACAUUUGCUUUAGUAAUGACAAAUGUUCUUAAAAUUACCUCCAAACUGCAUUACACAGACUGUCUACUUGAUUUUUAUGUGAAAUAUCAGGUUACUGUCAUUUUUAACUUGAAACGUGAUGUAACUCAUGUAGGUUUGGUGAAGAUUGCUGGGACUAACUGCAAUGUAGCUCAGAGUAUUUAUAAUUAUAUAAAAUAUACAUUUCUAGGUACUUGUGCAUAAACAUUAUAACUGUGGUUUAUUAAAGAUCACAUUACAUC